CAACAGCCAAUCAGAAUCGAGAACCCGCUCUGCCUCGCCCUGAUUGGCCGGCGUCUUCCGUCCUAGUGGUAAUCAGGUGUUGAGUGUAAACAAGAGAGUCUCACCUUCAACCAUUUUAUUAUUUUAAGUGAGUGACGCUCCGUGAUGCCUCAGGAUGGCGUGGGGAGCAAGGCUGGAGGGAAGAAAAGGUCCGGCGGUGUGCCUCGCGUCCGCAGCCACACCGACGCAGAACUACAGUAUUACCGCGACCAGGACAAUGAUAUCCUCCCACCGCAAUCCAGGGCACGACUUCAUGACCUGUUCCUGCAGAUAGAGAAGGAGUUUGAGGCGCUCUACACAGACAACUUGGCAUUGCAAGAAAAGGUGGACAGCUUGACGGAGCGGCUGGAGAGGGAGUCAGUGAUUGGCGAGCGCGGGACGGUGACCGAGGAGGCCGAUGGCAUCUCCACCAAGGGCUUGAUGAAGACCAAGUCUGGCACACCGAGUUCACAGAAGGUCAAGGCCGCCAACAAGCUGAGAGUCCAGACGUCCAAGAUUGUGUCCAGCUUCAAGAAUGACUCCGUGUCCUGCCGGAUGGUGCGCGAGUACGCGGGCCACAGGGACGGCGUGUGGGACGUGGCCGUGUCCAAGGGCGGCACUCCGGUCAUUGCUACGGCCUCUGCAGACCAGACAGCGUGCGUGUGGGGCAUUGACGGAGGGAAGAACCUGCUGCAGUACACAGCCCACAGCGGCUCCGUCAACUCCGUAAAGUUCCACCCAACACAAGACCUUAUCCUCACAGCGAGCGGGGAUCACACGGCUCACAUCUGGCAAGCCGUCAUCACCCCAGACCAAUUGCGUGUCCAUUCCUCCGAGGAUGAAGUUGACGGGAGUGACCGAGAGGAUGAGGAUGAUGGUGGGCGCGGCGAUGGUGCAGGUGGACCAGCCACUCUGCGGACACCACUACGGGAGCUGACAGGACACACAAGCGUGGUGAUCGCCGCUGACUGGCUGCCGGGCGGGGACCAGUGCAUCACCGCAGCAUGGGACCGCACUGCCAACCUCUACGACGCCCACACUGGGGAACUCCUCUCCCAGCUGAUAGGGCAUGACCAGGAGCUGACCCACUGCUGCUCACAUCCCACUCAGCGCCUCGUGGUCACCUCCAGCAAGGACACGACAUUCAGGCUGUGGGACUUCCGGGAGCCAAUCCACUCCGUCUCAGUGUUCCAGGGACAUACAGAGAGUGUGACGUCGGUGAGCUUCACGCGCGAGGACAAGGUCGUGUCCGGCUCAGACGACCGCAGCGUAAAGGUUUGGGACGUGAAGAACAUGCGGUCGCCACUCGCCACCAUCCGUUUGGAUUCCCCCGUCAACAGACUGGCCGUGUCCCCCACCAACGUGAUCGCCAUCCCACAUGACAACCGGCACGUUAGGCUUUACGACCUGGCCGGCAGCAGACUCGCCCGCCUCCCCCGCAGUAACAGACAGUGUCACCGACGGAUGGUGUGCAGUGUGGCCUGGGGGGAGGACUCGCUGGGUGCCCGCUGCAACCUCUUCACUGCCGGGUUCGACCGCGUUGUGUAUGGCUGGUCCGUGCACUCCGACAAGGAAGGGAAGGACUGAGUGCCUCACCGUCCCUCAGUCCUCCGAUAGCGCCCAUCCUUCUCACCCUUGGACCUCUGACGCUGCAGCACCUUACUCCUCUAGUGGGCAGAGUGAGGGAGUGUGGGCCAUCCUGCCUCGUCCUGUGGUAGUGUGGCAUUUCUCUUACAUUUAUCACAUCUUUUACUGUCCUCAGAUUAUUCAUUGUUUCCUUUGGGUUCAACAGCAAUGGUAGUAAUGUCUCUGGUACGUCCAUGUGCUCACUGAGAUGUUCCCCAAAUACACUAGUUUCGCAAUCUUGUUUCCCAGCUGCCUGUGUCGUCUUCCGAGUCUGUUGCCAAGGGACACACUGCAGUAUUCCUCCUUGCAUCAUCCAUUGGCACUUCUUCCCCUAGUCCACGGCUGUAAGAAAAAAAAUAUAUAUAUAAAAACUACCCUCCCAAUAAACAACUCUAUAGGUGGUACCCAAACUCUUAGAAACUCCCAUAGAGAAAGUUUACGUAGUUGGUGCAUACCCAAACUUAAAUCCUGAAGAUGUUAUGCUGCUAGUGGUGUCUUAGCAUCAUUCAGUUCAAACAGUAAAUACGUCCCCACACCCUGACUGUUUAGAUGUUCCUAUUCUCAAAAUCUUCUUAGUUACUGAAUACCUGAACAAACUGAUAAAAGGAGUUUGUUUACCACAAUUGACAUUUUAAAGUUACUCACAAAUUACAGUCAUCAUGUUCUCACACUGACUAUUUAACCCUUUCAUUGCUAAACGCUCACAGCGAGCACUAGCAUAACUUGCCGGUGGUGCUAAACGCUCGCUGUGCACUCAAAUUUCCUGCGUAUGAGUGUGUUCCAACACUAUUUUUCACCCCACAGCAUUGCCAAUUAAGUGGGUUUUCCACAAAAUUUUGUGGAAAAUCACAUCAGCCUAGCGCAGAAGAGCGCGGAAAAUCAACGAACGAGCAACUGGUGGAUGUUGUUGACCAAUAUAGCGACAUUUUUGCAUAGCUUCACCUAUCACAUGACUGAUAUUUUGACCAAAUAGUUGUAAAUUUUGAAGUUGGCAAUACUGCCCUGCCAGCACCCCAUCAUCAAGAGAUCUACUCAGUAGUUGCCUUAUGGCUGACCGUCGCGCACACAUAAACGUACGUCUUCACAGGCAACACUCCCUGAAUGUGCCUGUAUGUUUGAAGGAGAGGCUUACAUUACCAAAUCUUAUAGAUCUUGGCCUCCUCUUUCCAAUGGUGUUUUUGUUUUUUAGCUGUGAUGAAUAGUUUUUGAAAUACAUAGGUUAAAAGAUCGAGCACUAGCGUCACUUGCCGGUGGUGCUAAAAGCUCGCUGCAAGCGCCAGUCACACUCACAGCAAAAAACACCCCCUGAACGUGCCUGUAUUUUAGCAGGAGAGGCUUACAUAACCGAAUCUUAUAGAUCUUGGCCUCCUCUUUCCAAUGGUGUUUAUGUUUUGUAGCUGUGAUUAAUAGUUUUUCAGAUACAGCGGUUAAAAGAGAUCCCCUUCCCCCACUGGGGUGCCCAAGCGUGCCAGGGUGGAUAGUCUCGUUGCGAGCGCUUAGCAAUGAAAGGGUCAAAUGUUCCUAUUUUCAAAAUCUUAUUAGUUGCUGCAGACCUGAACAAACUCAUAAAAGGAGAUAGAUAUUUUACAGCAACUGGUAUUUUAAGGUCACUCACUUAUAGCAAAAAUAUGUCCCCACACUCUGACUGACUGUUCCUAUCCUCAAAAUCUUACUUGCUGCAAACCUGAACAAACCCAAGAAAUAUUUUACAGCAUCUGACAUUUUUAGGUCACUCGCUUAUACCAGUAAUUACGUCCCCAAACCCUGACUACUUUUAAAUUCCCGUCUUCAACAUUCCAUCACCAGCAGCCCCGUGUCACAGCCUAUCCCGUGGCAUGCCCAACACAAGCAGAACACCCCUCCUUCCCCGACACCCCCAACACUUGUACGAAAACGCCUCAGCUGCAACACGUCCAGUUUAAGUGACACAAAUCCAUCCCGUAAUAAUCGUUUACUUUUUUCUACUUACGAUACCCUGUAGAGGUGGAUAUAUUUUGGGUGUGUAGGAGUGUGGGUCAGUUUCUAAGGCCCUUGGUAUAUGGAGGGUCUGUCUCACAGUGCACAGGUUCAGAAGGGGUGAUAAAAUUUGUCUUUCUGUACUUUGUUAUAAGACUGGGGUUUUACAGUAUUUAUAGCAUCACAGUUUUGGGAUAAUUACUUGAUUUUGUUUAUAUUCAGCGGGUUCAUCGUGAAAUAUAACGUUUUAAUUCUGUAUCAUAGUUAAUUUCACAUUCAGUUAUCCUAUAUUGUAUGAUUGUUUUGAUCCCACAGUUUACAUGAGACCGCCUGGAACGAGUCAGUGUUAGUAAUGCCUUGGCCUGCCUUGCCUAGCCUGCCGUCACAGGUUCCUUGCGGUGACACUAGACUGUAGCCAAUCCGUACGUAGCAUUCUGUGUAAUAAUAAUGCAGUGAGGAUAGACACCAGAGUAUAUAAUUUAGCACGUGUAAAAAAUUAUCAAUGAAAGAGUGUAAUAAUAAAAAGGCUAUUAUCACCUGAAGAGACAUUAUUGUGUGUGUUUAUACGUACACACACACACACACACACAAACUCACAUACAUAUAUAUACAUACACAUAUAGACUACUAUGUUCCAUUAGCUGAAUCUAUUAUUGCUUGUAACAUUAUAAUCAGCAUUCCUAUACCUCAUUGUAGGCGUGUCUACUGUUGUAAAUACCUGUACAGCAGCCUAAUGAAUUAAUCCCCCUCACCUGUAGUCAUCUUACAGUGUUUUUGUACCGCACUGUAUCAAUGUUCACUGGGAAUAAUUUUUUUCUAGUCAUUUACAGUUAUUAUAUUCCUUGCCAAAGUAGCUCACGGUGUGUCUGUGUGGUGCCAGGAGUGUAUGUCCAGGAAUACCACGGUUUAGUCGCUUGCUUUACGAGUGUUUUGAUUAACAAGGAAAAAGAAAUCACUAAAAAUGCCUUGGUUUACGAGUGACUUGGUGUAUGAGCAUCCUGUUUGCACAAGUCAAAGACGCGAGUGUAGGUUCCCUUUUUGCUGCAGGACAAGGGUGCUCAUAGUGGAAAAGAAUGGGAAUGGAAGCUCAGUCUGCAUUGUACACUUGCAGAGGUAGCACCCGCGCGCUCAUGUCUGCUUACGUUUGUGCUCUAGUGUGCGAUCUUUGUGUUUUCAGCACUACACUUACUUACAGUUUUGGUUUAUGAGUUUUUGGCUUGUGAGCAAAAUUCCGGAAUGAAUUAAGCUUGUAAACCGAGGUAUGACUGUACAUGGUUUUACCUUAACAUAACUAGUGUAAUUUCCUGGCACCAAAUCUGAGUGUGUGGUGGUGUGACAGGCAGCAGUGUGUCCUGACCUGCCCUCCCCCGGCCCUCACACUGCGUUGUAACACUAGAAGGCUCAGGCAACUUACUACUACUGCACCGUUUUGCAUCAUUGUAACCUGAUUUACUGCUGUCCAUCGGAUUUGUAAGUAAUGCUGAUGAUGUAUUGCAUAAACCUGUUUGUAUGAGAAAAGUUACGAUGGAGUAUAGAGAUUCCUAGAUUAUUGCCAAAGAUCAACCCUUAAGUUUUGAAGAUUUAUGGCAGAGUAUUAAGCAUUGUAUUGGUAUUUGUGUUCAGUAUCUACUAAGGAUAAAAUUUCAUAAAUAUUUACUUUGAA